AUGCAAAACCGCACGCGCCCUUCAUUUUUUUCAAACGGCAGCAAACGAGAAGUCAACGCUAAUGCCGGCGGCAGACAGGCUUCCCUCUCCGAUGCCAUAUCCCGAUAUCCCCUCGCAGCGGCAUCAAGCUCGAUUGUACAGCAACCAGAAUACCACAAGUCAGCUUUGGCCGCGGCAGCUCGAAUAAUGACACAGCUCGGAGUAUUUAGAGUGUUAUUGCAUAUUCGCCCUCAAAACGUCAUGGCUGCACCUCAAAGUCCUGCUCAUGAUGACCGUUUGUCCCCGAGCGAAGUUGGAAACGCGUCUGGUUCUCCGUCGCCUUCCUUCCGUAGAACCAAGCACACAAAGCUACCUUUUCCGACGGUGUCGGCGUUCUCUUCCUACCCCGCGCUCAUUCCCGGCAGAGCAGCAGUUCCCAAUGGUCUCAAUGGUUGUAGAGAUUACAUCGGCUGCGUCGUCGGCAGGCCUCACGAACCUCCGGCAUUGAGUCUGUGCGGCCACAGGCUCAUUCAUUGA